AUGCCAGCUGCCCAAGAAGCCGAAAAGCUGUGGGUUUCUCCGCAUGCGGGCAAGUACCCCAUUGACGAUUAUCGACGGCAUGCCAAUAGGAAGUUCUCCCUCAACUUGACGGACAACCACGAGCUACAACGCUGGAGCGUGACAAGGCCGCACGACUUUUGGAUCGACUUAUACAAAUACAUCGGUAUUAUUCCAGAGCUUCCGCCGCAUAUUACCCGUGCCUUCGACAAUUCUUUGCCUCUGAGCGCCGUGCCAAGGUUUUUUGAGGGGGUUAACUUGAACUAUACGGAAAAUGUUUUCUCUGGGAAAGAUCCUAAUGCAGUGGCCCUCAUUGGUCUGCGAGAAGGAGAUGGCCUGGACGGGGAGGUUGUGACAUGGGCGCAAUUGAAAGAGAGGGUGAGAGUUGUCAGAAGUGCGUUGAUUCGAAAUGGCAUCAAAGAAGGCGAUCGCGUUGGUGCCUUGGUGUCUACGUCAAUCUGGGCUGUCGUCCUCCUCCUUGCGUCAGCGUCUAUGGGUGCAAUUUAUUCUUCGAUUUCUCCUGAUAUGGGUGUAGAAGGAUGCGUGACACGGCUACAGCAAAUACAGCCAGCCGUAGUUUUUGCCGAUAGUGAUAUGACUUACAAGGGAAAGAAGAGUUCUCUGGAUUCAAAAAUGGAAGCAAUCAUGGAUAAAUUAUCCAAGUUCACGAAGAUCUUUGUCAUUCCGACUACGACUCAAAGCCGACCCAAAUUUCCGUUGAUCGCGGAGUUUCUUUCCAAAGGGUUCGACUCCGAUGCUCUGGAGUACACUCGUGUCCCGUUUUCCCACCCCCUUUAUAUCUUGUACUCGAGUGGUACUUCUGGACCUCCGAAGUGUUUAGUUCAUCAACAUGGUGUUAUUCUCCAGCUGAAAAAGAUUUCGUUGCUGCACAACUCCCUUGGCCCAAAAGAUAUUGUCUUUCAAUAUUCGAGUACCUCCUGGGUCCUUUUCAAUAUCAUGAACGGACAUCUUGCAGUUGGUGCCACCACAAUCUGUUACGAUGGAUCUCCCCUCUGGCCGGACGCUACAGCCACGCUUAAGAUACUCGAGAGAUUUAGGGUGACAUAUUGGGGAACUUCUCCGCGAUAUCUCCUCGAACUUGAGGCUUCCAAGCUCGUUCCUCGGGAUUCGUAUGAUCUCAGCGCCCUCAAGAUGGUCACCACAACAGGCGCAACACUCACGGCGGACCAAUACCGAUGGUUUUACCGAGCAUUUCCUUACAUACACCUGAGUAGUGUGGCAGGAGGGACAGAUAUCGCCUCGUCAUGGCUGGCAUCUGACCCCUCCAGCCCCGUACAUGCCGGAGAGAUGCAAAUUUUUGCUCUGGGAAUGGAUGUGGAUGUCGCAGACCCUAUGACGGGAGAGUCGAUAAAACAUACCGGCGAGUCAGGAGAAUUGAUUUGCCGCACCCCCUUCCCGUCAAUGCCAGUGUAUUUCUGGGGGGACAAGGACAACAAAAAAUAUAUAUCUUCCUAUUUCGAACGAUUUGAUAAUAUUUGUGUCUGGGCCCAGCAUGAUUGGAUUAGCGUUAACCCAGCCACUGGAGGAUCCGUCAUUCAUGGACGAAGUGACGGCGUCUUAAACCCCUCCGGUAUCAGAUUCGGUAGCGCAGAAAUCUACACAAUAUCCGAAGGACCUAAAUUCAACUCCGAAAUAGAAGAUACGCUGUGCAUCGGCCGCCGGCGCGGACAAGACAAGGACGAAGUCGUAUUCCUUUUUGUCAAGAUGCGGAACAACAAACCCUUCACUUCUGCCCUUGAACAACGCCUCCGGGCUGAAAUCCGCUCUGGCCUUUCUCCACUCCACGUUCCGAAAUUUAUUAUUGAAACACCGGAGAUCCCUGUGACGAUCAAUGGGAAAAAGGUUGAGAUUGCCGUUAAGCGGAUCAUUAGUGGUGAUACGGUCUAG